GCGAAGAAGUUGAGGAAGAGUUCAGAGCUGUUCGGCCGGAACCAGAAGUUGACGAAGCAAAGUCCAUCAAGCCUCUGUAUGACUUUAGGAAAGUUUUCAGGAAGCUUCAGUCGGAUCUUCCCGAUACCGAUCCGGUGAUGGCUAAGCGGCUGCUGCUGGGUUUGCGCGAGAGGUUCUACCAUGCACCAAUCUCUGAUUUCCGCAACAUGUUGAUCAGAGCUGGCUUGGAUGGCACAGUCCUCAAGUUGGCUGAGGAAGCAAUUAUGAACUGCUCCAUCUGCAGGAAGCAUGUUCGACUUCCUCCUCGACCUCAGGUGAAGAUCGGAUCGCAGGCAUCAAGCUUUAACAGUCGAGUUCAAUGUGACCUCUUCCAGUACAAGGAGACUUGGGUGCUUUUGAUGGUGGACGAGGCUACUCGAUACAAAGCAGCGAUGGCCGUGAGCUCUCGAGAACACAACGACCUGCUGCAGCCUAUGCUGAAGUGGUGGUUCUCGAUCUAUGGCCUGAUGAGUCAUCAAGCAGGAAAAGAAUUGGAGCGCUUUGGGAUCGAGAGAGUUCCGAAGGGAACGACCUCCGGACCGGCCGAGCUUGACAGGCAGGGCAUUGCCAUUGACGAUUUGUGCCGGGAGUCAGCUUCAGCACAAAACUCGACCCUCAACUAUGGGGGAGCCACCCCUGCGAUGUGCAUCUUCGGGGUUCUCCCACGUCCGUAUUUUCAGGACGACACCGACUCCGUCACGGCCAUCACAGGUGCCUUACAAACUGAUGUUACACCCUUCGAACGAGCCAUCCGCGUGCGCCAGUUGGCGUUGUCCAUGGUUCACAAGGCCAUUGCCGAGGACAGAGUGGCCCGUGCCAAUCGAACCAGGCCCCAGCAGCUUCGCCUUGGUGAACUGAAACCAGGCGUGAGCCUGGUGGACCACUAUCGAGAAGUUCAAGGCGACGUUGGUUGGAGAGGACCUGCUGAGCUACUGCGGAUCAGUCAGACCGAAGGCACGGCCAUCAUCUCCUACCAAGGCAGGCCAUACUUGGUGGCUCUCCGGCACAUUAGACCGCAUGCUGCUGGAGUGUUUGUGACUCUGAACAAUGAUCAGAAGGGUGACUUCCAGUGGUUCAAAGGCAUUGUGGCAAAGAUGGCCCCCUUUAAGACGGUGACCAUUGGCUGGGUUCCCGAGGUCAAGGCAUGGUCCAAAUUAGUGUCCCUGGCCAAGGCUAUUUCGAAUCGAAAUGUUGGAGGCCUGAUCCUGGGACAAGGCGUACGCGCUGUUCACCCUCCACGAGGCACCGUGGGCGUUUUACUCCUUUGGAAGGCUGGAUCGGACAAGUACACCUGCCACGAGCGCAACAAUGACGACCCGAUCACCAUGAAAAAGAUCACUGCCACACCUGUUGAUGAGGUGGCCUUCCUCUACAUGUACUUUGUCGUCACGGUGACCUACGAACCUGGACCAUCCCUGAAGGUUGUUCCCUCCGAGGGUGCAAUUGACGAUGCCGAGCCUAUGCAGGUGGGACCAGACGCGCGCACCGUUGUGAUUGGACCUGAGACCAAGAAAGAGCGCCUGGUGACCUUCAUGGAGAUCGUGUCAUCGACUCGUGCUACGACCCGAACGCAGCGCAACCUCGUCAACUUCUACCGGCUACUUCGACAGCGCCAGACCAUCAAGUGGGAGUUUCCCAUGACUUGGUGCCUUCAUGAUAAUCACCAUGCUGUGGCGCAAUGGGACGAGUAUGCCUGGAGAUCGAGCAUGCCGACGCAAACGGCUACGACUACGAGUCACUUUCUUUUCUCAUGGCCUGGCAAGCGGCACGAAACCUUGUACGCCUCCCUUCACAACGGCGAGAUCUAUAAAGUGGAUAACGACACCGAUAACAUCCCAGAGGAUGAAGUCUACGGCAUAUGGCCACAAGUGGACAAGGCCGAUGAGGAGGAAAUAAAGCAGUUUGUGGACACAGGCAGCUGUAAGAAGGUCAAGGUCAGCUCGAUUUCCAGUGACACAGUUGUCAUUGAUAGUUGUUUUGACAACCAGCGGGACACCUUGUCGACACGCUCCACAACGGCGACCCGACUAAGUCAACGUCUUCUUGUGUCCACGGCAGUGAACCACGAUCACGACACCGAGAGCUGGGAUGUCUCCGGGGCUUUCUUGAAAGGCCUUACGUUUGAGAAGGUUCGUGAACUCCUGGCCUCCAGAGGAAUCACUUCACCAGUUCGGAAGGUUGUGAUCAUUGCCCCGGCCAACGUGUGGAGACAUCUGGUCAAGUUCGAUACUUCUUUCCGUGUGGACCUGGAACACCUAAAUGAGUGGGCUCUCCUCUGCAUCAAGCCGGUUUAUGGCCUAAAUGAUGCUCCUCUGGCAUGGCAGCUCUGUCUGCAUGGCCAUUGGGAACAAGAAGGCGGUGUUCCCUCCUUGCUGGACGAGAACUGCUUCAUCUGGCGUUUUGACGAUGGCGACCGGUCCUCUGUGACCACUCAUGUGGACGACUGCGGCGCAGAAGGCAAGCGGAAAUGGCUUGAUGAGCAGUACAACUUGUUGGUCAAGAAGUUCGGCAAGGUUACCCGGCAGACCCUUCCGUUCACUCACUGCGGCGUGGUGUAUCGCCGCAUCCCUGACGGAAUCUGCGUGGAGCAGGACGACUUUUGCCGGAAGCUCAAGACGGUCGACAUCGACAAGAAUCGUGAUGACGACGAUCCCUUGACUGCUUCCGAGUUGACCUCGUUCAGGUCUGUGUUAGGAGCUUUGCUCUGGUUGACAGCGACCAGGUUGGAUUUAAUCGCGGAGGUGUGCAUCCUGCAGAGCAUGGUGACUAAGGCGAAAAUCCUGCACCUCAAGCAGGCCAAUCAGGUCGUUCGCAAAGCAAAAGCUGAAAUCGGACAAGGUCUCGGACUGUAUUUCAGGAAACUCCGUCCUCCAUACCGACUGGCAUGCGUCCAUGACAGCAGCGCGGCUGGCGCUGUGCGACCGUAUGCGCAAGAAGGCGUCAUGAUACUGCUGUUCGAGGACAAGCUGCGUGGCCUCGACACCUAUGAGAAGGUCAUGGAUGACCAUCAGACCCACCUUAUGGGUUUCCAUGCUGAGACUUUGUCAGCUGUUUCUGGCAUGGAGACGUCGACGCAUGUGGCUGUGCGUCUUGGGGAGUUGCUUUACACGCCAAAGCCUCCGACAAUACAGUCCUUAAUCCUUCGUGGUGUGCCGGAGCUACCUUGCGACGGGUAUACCGACUGUAAAGAUCUGUUUGAACUGGCGUCCGGAUCUUCCUCGGUGGCGCAGGACAAGACACAACGUUUGUGUGUGAUGUCCUUGCGUGAGUCACGUCUUUCUGGCAAGCAGCGCUGGCUUGUUCUAACGCCCACUCAGAGCAUGCUGGCAGAUGCUCUCACCAAGGCGAUGGUGGCUCCGCAACUGAUGUGCCUCUUGAGCAGCGGUGAGGUCCACUUCGUGAAUGAGGCCGAGCACCGCGUGACUUUGAGGCGUGUUCCAAAAGUGAUGGUUGUCACCGAGGAGCUCCUUAUCAAGUCUGACAAGGAGCUCAUACGCGAUCUCCGCGUCUCCACUUCGGCUACGGCAGCCUGCUUGCUGAUGUCGCGAUCCUGGUGCUUCUGGAUGCUGACGGCGGCUGCUGUUUCGACCACUUCGGCGACCACCACCAGUCCAUCUCCUUCGACCAGUUCAUCGACUAUGACAUCUACCUGUCCGACACAGGCGCCAGAUGACGGCUGGGUGUGGUUGGCCUACCUCUCCAUCUUCAUCGUUGCGGCAUACCAUGGAGUGAUCCUGUUUGUCAAGUGGAUCUGGGCUUCACUCACGCGUCGUGAGACAGUGGCGGACCUCGAGCCAGAUGCUGAACCGCCAGCUACUCCUCGUCCUCCACCUGUUCCUCCAGGAGAUCCACCUCGUGAUGUUCGUCCGGCUGCUGCACCUGCGCCUCCGCCUGAGCAGAUGCAAGAAUGUGUAGACUUGCGAAAUCAACUUCGCGAGCUCCGUAGAGAGCACGAGCAGUUGGCUCAGCUGUACGAUCAACAAUUUGAUCGCUACAAUCGUCUUCAGAGGGAGUAUGAUGCUCACCUCACAGCCUGCCCUUUAGGGCGCAAUGUGUACCUGACGCAUUCUG